UGCCGCUGAAAUUCAGGGUUCCUGGUAGCUGCAGCCCUUUUCGGAGGGGAGCUGUGCCUCUGUGGUGGGCUUUGGCCAGGCGCUGCAAGCAUGGUGGAGUUUGAGUAUGAUAUGACCAGAUGGAAGAACGCGAAGAUCUGGAGUGGUGGACCUGUCGAAGAUUGGGAGGUGCUGCGUGCCGACGGGUCCAAGCCUGCAGUGAGCGUGCAUCCACGUGACAUGAUGGACUACCAUGGCUUGAGUAGCAUGUGGCCACGCGAGCUCUAUUCUCGGGCCGUGUGCGUGGGGGAGGAGCAGGUCACAGAGGUGAUCAAGUUGCAGGAGGAGCUGAAGUUCCACUUCUACUACACCGGGUUGGACCCCAGGGACGGCACUGAGGACCCAAAGGAAUACAUGUGUCUGGUGGUUUACAGCAAGGCCAAUUGGAAGGACAUUCAACGAGGUUUAGCACAGCUGGGUCUGGAACUGGAUGCAGAAGAAGCCGUGGACAAGGACACUGAGGAUCUGGCGAUUCAGAUGAUGCUUCGGGCCUCUGACGCGUGGAUCACCUACUGCGAUCCUUGGAUGAAGCGCGAGUUCGCCGACGACGCCGGCCUCUUGCAGCCGGGGAAGGUCUAUCGAUUGAAUCAGGAUGGGCUACAGGAGAAGUUAGGUCUUUGAUGUCGAAGGUCAGUGCGGGCCGAAACCUGGUCGCCGCGAGUGCGGCUGCGUGCCGUGCGAAAAA